AUGCCAAUCGACCUCCAGGAGACGCUGGUGAGCCCUAGAGCCACCAAGAAAACUCUCGCGGGCUUUGAAAUGCCCGUGCUAGGAUAUGGAGUUUAUGAAGUACCCGAUGCCGUCGCUGAAGAUGGAGUCGAGAAGGCACUCAAGGCUGGAUACCGUCAUAUUGAUUCCGCUAGAUGCUAUGAAAACGAAACGGGAUGCGCGGCUGCCAUUCGAAAAGCCGGACUGAAGCGAUCGGACGUCUUUCUGACGACCAAGCUUAAUCCGGACGAUCCUGGGUAUGAGGGAGCCCAAAGGUCUAUACAGGAAAGCCUUAAAAACGCUCAGACGGACUAUUUUGAUUUGAUUCUCGUACAUACUCCAUGGGGAGGCAAAGAAGGCCGUCUCGGUGCGUGGCGAGCGCUGGUGGAAGCCCAGAAAGCCGGCCAGGCCCGUUCAAUUGGGGUGUCGAACUUUGGGGUGCAUCACCUGGAAGAGUUGGAAGAAUAUAUCAGCCAUGGAGGAGGGGGUCGCAUUGAAGUGGGCCAGUAUGAGCUUCACCCAUGGCUGGCACGAGCCGAAUUGGUCGACUGGCUACGUGAGCGCGGUGCAAUUGUCCAGGCCUACUCUCCUCUCACCAGGGGGACUCGUCUGGGCGAUCCUAUUCUGCAAGCCCUGGGCAAAAAGCACCAUAGGAGCCCAGUUCAGAUCCUAAUCCGGUGGAGUCUUCAGAUGGGCUUUGUUCCACUUCCCAAAACCACGACUGCCGAGCGGAUUGCAGAGAAUGCGGAUGUUUUUGACUUCGCGUUGGAUGAGGACGACAUGAAGCUUCUACACACCGGGGAAUACUCACCUACGGAUAGCCUUUGGGAUCCUACCGUUGAACGAGACUAA